UGCAAUGACCUCAGAUUACAGACACUCCUGCACGUAUCUGAAGAGGAAAUAUGAAAGUAUAUGCUUUUGUUUUUGAUUUACAGGAUGCUAACUUGUCCACAUACAUAAAUUAAGCUAAGCUAAGCUAAGCUAACUAGCUCCGUCAGCUCUCAGCCAUGUCUGCGUGGCGGCGGGUGCACGCGAAGCUGCGGGCGCUUCGUGGAGUCGUCCCCUCCGCACGGGACACACACCGACACACGUGGACAGUGGACGGGUCUCUGACGUUGUGUCGGAGCUUCAGCACAGGCAGACCAGCCCAGAAUGACUUCUUCAAAGACCUGGAGGCCCAGCUGGCGGCCGCGAGGAAGAAGAUGGUGGACGCUCUGCCGGGGAGCAGCUGGACUCCUUUGCAGGUCAACCCCAACCUUCCUCCUGAGAGGGUGGACAUCGUGAUCGUCGGAGGCGGGGUGGUGGGCUGGUCCAUCGCCUACUGGCUGAAACAGAGGGACGGGAUGCGAGAGGGGCACCGAGUCCUUGUCGUGGAGAAGGACCCGACGUACUCCCAGGCCUCCACGGUGCUUUCUGCCGGGGGGAUCCGACAGCAGUUCUCCCUCCUUGAGAACAUCCAGCUCUCCCUGGCCUCGGCAGAGUUCCUGAGGAACAUCAACGUCCAACUCGGCGUCUUGAACGAGGACCCGAUCGACCUGCAGUUCAACCACUCAGGAUACCUCUUCCUGGCUAACGAGGCGGUGGCUCACAUCAUGGAGGAGAACUACAACAUCCAGAGGCACGCUGGAGCGAAAGUUUCUCUUCUCUCUCCGAAGCGACUGAAGGAGAAGUUUCCUUGGAUAAACACAGAUGGCGUGGCGCUCGCUUCGUACGGGCUGGAGAAUGAGGGCUGGUUUGACCCCUGGACUCUGCUGAACGCCUUCAAGAGGAAAGCUCUGUCUCUGGGAGUCAUUCAGUGCUGUGGAGAAGUCACAGAUUUUACUUGUUCAAAAAAGUAUAUGAUGACGGCUGAUGGAGACCUGGAGCCUGUGAAGAGAAUAAAAUCUGUCAAAGUGCAGAUGCCGAACAGCCUGGAGUACCAGCCGGUGGAAUGCGCCGUUGUGGUGAACGCAGCAGGAGCCUUUUCUGGUAAACUGACCGAGAUGCUGGGAAUUGGCUCCGGCCCCAAAGACUCCAUCGCCGGGGUGCCGCUGCCCGUCGAGCCCCGGAAAAGGUAUGUUUAUGUCGCCCACUGUCCUGAAGGUCCAGGUCUGGACACUCCCUUCUUGAUCGACUACUCUGGCGUUUACUUCAGGAGAGAGGGGUUAGGAGGGAACUACAUCGCUGGGGCGUCACCAGAGGAGGAGGAGGAGCCAGACGUCAGUAAUCUAGAGGUGGACCACCAGUUCUUUGAGGAGAAGGUCUGGCCUGCGUUGGCCAAUCGAGUUCCAGCUUUUGAGAAGCUGAAGGUGACGAGCGCCUGGGCCGGUUUCUACGACUACAACACCUUCGACCAGAACUGCAUCAUCGGCACGCACCCCCUCAUCAGCAACAUGUACUUCGCCACCGGCUUCAGCGGCCACGGCCUCCAGCACUCGCCCGCCGUGGGCUGCGCCGUGGCAGAGCUGAUCCUGGACGGCGGCUUUCAGACUUUUGACUUGAGCGCAUUCGGUUUCAAGCGGAUCCUGGACCAGGAGCCGAUACUGGAGAGGAACAUCGUGUAGCUCAACAACAACUCACGGCUUGUUUACCGGUCUGGGAACAUGGUAUCGACUUUUAAACCGAGAACACAAUGAAAUGAAUUCAAAUAAUGUACAUACUGGCCAUAAAACCUCAUAAUGAAACAGUCAAACAAAAAAAUGACUUUGUUUUUUUAUACGAUACAAACAAACCAAUGAGUUUGAAUAGGAAAUAAGCGCAAACAAAUUCUCUAACAGUCUGUUAAACAUCCGACGUGUCAGUUGGACGAGUGGUUAAGGUGUGAAGAGGUCCUGUCGCGCUCUUUAUGUGUUUGUUUCCUGCCCUAUUGAACAUGUGUGAGAAUGUCAUGAAGGUACCAAUUUCAAAAAUAAACAAAAAACACAUUGAUGACAACCUCAAAAACCAACCCUGUACUUAAACACUAAAGCCUCGUACUUAGUCUCCAACGUGGGAUUAUCACCAAACAGUGGUUAGGACGUAGCUUUUAAUAUUCGUUUUCAAGUUAAGACCAUGUCGACAGGUGCCGUAGUGACCAUAGCAACCAUAAUAACGUUAGUGUUAAUUAAUUUUAAUGAUCAGAAGCUGUAACAAAACAUUAUUUUUUUUUCUUUUAACACUAAAUGUUUUAGCCACAUAAUGCCAGGACACAUGGAUAGAAAUCAGCAGGAAGGAAAGAGUGAGAGAGUAAAUGAGUUUAGCUUCUUGAUUUGGAGAAAAGUUUACUGGGAGGAGGGAGGUGAGACGGCCGCUGCCUCCCCUCUGAUACAGCAGGACUUGUAAUUAUACCAAAAAACCUAUGACUUCUGUUCGAUUUUAUGUAUAUACCCCAUAUAUACUCCAAUACAUCUGACUUUUUACUGUACAAACUGGUACUUUUCACACUUCAUCUAGUGCGUAUAUAUAUAUAUUAGUAGCCUAAUCUUAACUGUUACAAUAUCAAUAAAAAUACCAAUGCACUUCCUAA